AUGACGACAGUUACCUUAUCGCUUGACCCAGUUGUUCUCUCCGACCCAACGACAUAUUUCUUCCUCAACAUCGCGAGCAACAUUUCCUUCCGCUUGCCAACCGGCCAGACGUUGUUCUCAACUGCCGAUGAGCUGCUCGCUGGCAUUCAAGGAGGAGAAUUAUUCAUCCUCCAGGCUCAGACUUGCCGCUUCCUGGUCUCGGUCACCAAGGAGGAAGACGAUUCGAAGGAUCAAGCCAAUUUCGACUCACAAGACAAGGUCAAAGAUCAUUUCGACAGCCAAGAUUCAGGCGUCUGUCUUCUACCUUGCGAUGCCGUUGCCUCUGCAUCCAACAAGCAGGCUUCUAAGGAUGGCGAGGUCACUUCUUCGAUAUACAGACUCGUGGAAGCUGGUAUCAACACUUUACUCAUCGGUCGCAAAGCCGUUGAAGGAAUCGAAACAAUAUCAACAAUGAGAACGCCAACACUUAUUCGCCUUGCACCCGAGGUAUUUAACACGAGCUAUCUUUCAUCUUUGAUUGCUCGAUCUCACCUCCUACCAGCACUGUCCUCCGUGUUUUCAGAUCUUGACCACAUCGAGUCUCUUCGACUACGGCGCCAUAAUUCUGUAUCCAACGGCAAUGUCUCAGACAGCCAUCCCAAUGUAGCUCAAGAUGGCACACCCGAUAGCUUCGGGCAGCGGAUAUGGAGGCUAAUGCGUACGCAUCUACCUGCUUUCGACGAGACAAAAUCGUCACAGCAACAGCGCAGCGAGCCGGCAACACGAAUAGGUGAAAUCCCAGAGCUCCUGGAUCUCGAUGCCAUGACUCCUUAUGAAGAUAGAGCAGAAGACGAGCUCUCAAUUAGUGUAGAGUCCGGUUUUGUAGCCGAUGAGGAGCUUGAAACGAAUCAGGCUCGCCACAUCCAAGACUCAUUAUCAGACACUGAUAUGGAUUUUGGCCAGAACACGCCGUCUUCCUGGAUGAUUGACGAGAGCCUGUGUCUGUCUUCCCCACCUCCGACUUUCAAUCUCCAUGCGGAUCGGAGCGAGCUUGGAGAUGAGCGAGAGGAAAACAACGACGAGGGCCGCUAUCCAGAAGACCCCAUCUCAGAUUUUGGGGAGACCCAUGACUCCCGCAACGUGGUAGACCUGGAGGCGCAUGGGCUGAUUCGGGCAAUCGACUUAAUGGAUACAUCACGAUUGAUUCUUCACUCGACACACCCACUGGCCAGCACCACUUCCGGAGGUUGCAGUGACUGGUCGAAUGCCAGCGUUGAUUUCGGGGAUGAAGAAGACUUUGGGAUAGGAUAUUUUGCCGAUGGCUCCUAUGGGCAAAGUUUGACAUCUCCUCAGCGUUACAGCGAUUGGCAGCGUGACGAGGGCGAGGGCCUGUCCUCAGAGGUAUCGUUCCAAGAAGCCAGACCUGACCACCUACCGGAUGAUCAUGAGAUACACGGAGAACCUGAGCUCGGCCACGGGGAAGACAUAUGCCAGGGCUACACCUGGCCAAACGAAUCCUUUUCCGAAAACAAAACUGCCCAUUUUGAGGAAGAAUGA